CUCCACAAAAGCACAGGAUUUUCAAAUUCGAGUGAAAGUCGUCGAAGCGCGUCAACUACAAGGAGGCAAUGUAUCCCCUGUUUGCAAAGUCACCUGUUGGAAUAGAACGGAAGAAACACACGUGAAAAACUCCACCAAUUCACCGUAUUGGAACGAAAUAUUUUUCUUCAAUUUCCACGAAUCUCCAGCUGAUCUACUUGAUCAAACGAUCACAUUCAGUGUGUACAACUCACGGCAUAUGCGCAAAGAUGCCCUAAUAGGAUCGUUCAAGUUUGAUCUGGCCAUAGCAUACGAGGAAGCGAUGCAUAGUAUGAUUAACAAAUGGCUACUUCUGUGUAACCCGGAUGAUCCCUUGGCUGGUGCUAAAGGCUAUUUGAAGAUCUCUAUCAUUAUCCUUGGGCCAGGUGAUGAAGCGCCGAGUAUGAAACCGGUGGACGUGGAUGGUGAAGAGGAUAUCGAGGCAAACCUUUUACGGCCAGCCGGUGUGCAAUUGCGCCCAGCUAUUUUCAAAAUUCGGUUAUAUCUGGCCGAAGAUCUUCCUAGAACCACAAUGAUAUCCGAAGAGACCGGUUCCCCUGUGGAAUUCGAAGUCAGCAUCGGAAAUCAUGGAAAUAAACUGGACGAAUCUAUCACUCCGUGUGCUUCGACCACACCGCCGACAAACCCGGUAUACGAUGGCCAGGCCUACUACUAUCUACCGUGGGGAAAUGAUAAACCGUGCACCGUGGUUGAUUCACAGUGGGAGGAUAUAUCCCAUCGGUUGUGCGCGGUUAAUAUGCUUCUGAAAAUUGCGGACAGGCUGGCCAGGAAUAUCGAAAAAAUCAACGUGGCUGUCACCGCUGCUCUAAUACCCGAAGAACAGGCCCAACUCGCGAUUGCUUCGUUGGAUGAAUUUAUCAUGGACUGCAGAAUUCCUGCCCAUGAGGUCCUCUAUCACGCGACUGAAGAUUACCGUGGCCGAUCGUGCGGUAUUACGCAAACUAUAAAUCUUCAGAAACCCAGACUCAACAAAGAGGAAGAUAGCAGCAUGUGGAAAAUCCCUGCUCAGCUGCGUUUGGUGAUUUGGCUAGGGCUGGAGAAGGAUCAGCAUAACUGGAAAGAUGUCCACACGGAAGCCAACACACAGGUCAUGGCAGAGACGGAUUGCGGACAAACCAGUUUUGUGGAAGAUUUGUUCUACAACGAACAACGAACCGCGACCACCACUUGGGCACCUGCGCUACCUACUCAUACAGAUGCACAAGGGGAAGCCAGAGAGAGCCCUGUCGACUUCCCUCUGCCUGAUGGUUGGGUUUGGGACGGGGAUUGGGAGAUAGACUACAAUCGACCAUGUGACAAUGAAGGCUUUGAGUACACAGUCAAUGCCGCGCUUGGAGGGUAUAUGUCUGUGGAGAAACGCUUCCACAUGUUUCGGCGACGCAGGGUUAUUCGUCGGAGAAUACUCCAAGAAACCUCUGUGAUAAUAAAAAAAGAAACCUUUAUGCCGGAAACAGAUGACGCCUGGGAAUAUGCGUUUAACUUCGAUGCGAAGUUCCAUGCCAAAGAACGAAAAGUGGACAUGGUCCGUCGGCGUCGGUGGCAUCGAAUUAUGGUCCCGAGCAGGGAAAAUAUCGAUGACGGGAACUAUGUGCUGAAACUUGAGGGUGCCGACAAGUCGACGAUCGUGCCCAUGAUCAAGUUGGACGCUGACGCGCCGUUUUCAUGUAUGCUCCAAUGGCACAAGAUUGAGAAAGGCACAAAAAACGGAGGGGAACUCUUGGCAGCAUUUGAACUUAUCCUUCUGGAUGGUAAGAGUCCACCCUUACCACCAACACGUCGCGGAACUUUGUAUAACGUCCCCGAAGGAAUUCGCCCAGUGCUCCAACGUACGGGGAUUGAAAUAUUGUGCUGGGGUGUACGAAAUGUGCGCAAACACCAAAUGGCAAGUGUGAAUUCACCUUCGGUCGAGUUCGAGAUUGGCGGUCAGAUGAUUGAAUCGUCCACUAUAAAGGAUGUCCGUCAGAAUCCCAAUUUUAUCAACCCACUUCUAUUUCUGGACGUUAUGUUGCCUAAAGAAGAACUGUAUACGCCGCCAAUGAACAUUUGCGUUCGUGAUCACAGGGCAUUUGGUUUACGUCCUCUGGUCGGGAUUCACGUUUUGAAAAACUUUGCAACUUUCAAAGUACCACCUAAGUUGACAAUACACGACCCGAUAAUGGAUAUCCCCGAGCUUUGUGAACCAGCUCUACUGGAGCCACAAAAUCCAGCCCCAGUAACUACUAAAGGAAAGCUAAAGAAAAAGAAGAAAGCGCUGGAUAUGCAACAAGUAGACGAUGAUAUCGAUUGGUGGUCCAAGUUCUACGCAUCAUUGGGUCAGUGGGACAAGUGUCUGAAGUACAAAGAAAUGGAAUAUGAUACACUCGUGGUGUACAAUAGGGCAUUGGAAGAAGUCAAGCAGUACGAGGGCUUCAGUGACUUUUGCAACACAUUCACGCUGACGAAAGGAAAAAAUGUUGAGGAAGAUGAAGACAAUUUUGCCGGUGAAUUCAAGGGAACAUUCCGUAUCUACCCUUUACCAGAAGAUCCCAAUGAACCAUUGCCUCUUCGUUAUUUCGAAAAGCUGGCAGUUUCACCUGAGGUUGAGGAGUGUGUGGUUCGAAUUUAUAUAAUCAGAGCCAUCGAGAUUCAACCAUCUGACGCUUCCGGUUUGAUGAAGUGCUUACUACCAGUUGAAAAAGACCUACUCAUUCAGAUCAAGGAUUAUGAUCUUUUUGGCACGGAUGACAUAAUCGGGGAAACGUAUAUCGAUCUGGAAAAUCGGCGCCUAUCCAAGUACAGAGCCACAUGUGGAUUGCCACAAACCUAUUGCACAUCAGGACCUACUCAGUGGCGUGAUUCACAGACUCCAACAGCUAUAUUGGCAAACUUUUGUGAUCACCACUGUCUCCCACCGCCGCAGUACGAAGAGCCGAGUGAGGCGACGCCCAGCUUAAGGUGUCGCGUUGGUCAGAAAAAUUUCAUGCUUGAGCACUUUGAGCGUGGAACACAGAGCAACCCACACUUAGGUGAACCGAAAGAGAGGCUGGCACUACACAUUCUGAAUCACCUACCACUAGUCAAAGAGCACGUUGAAACACGUUUACUGUAUAGUCCACUGCAGCCCAAUAUUGAGCAGGGUAAACUCCAAAUGUGGGUCGAUUUGUUCCCGGUGAAUUUGGGGGAGCCUGGACCGGCUGUGGACGUGUCACCUCGACGACCGAAUGAGUAUGAGCUAAGAGUUAUUGUCUGGAAUACGGAGGAAGUGAUUUUGCAAGAAACUUCAGUAACCGGUGAGAAGAUGUCCGACAUUUACGUCAAAGGAUGGCUGGCCGGAGUAGAUGAGCGUCAAAUGACCGACGUCCACUAUCGAUCGCUAGAUGGAGAGGGGAACUUCAACUGGCGAUUCGUCUUCCCCUUCUUCUACCUCCCUGCGGAGAAUACAGUAGUGAUAAAACGAAAAGAGCAUUUUUGGUCGUUGGACACAACUGAGCGACGUGUUCGGCCGAGUCUAAUCAUGCAGGUUUGGGAUAAUGACCUGUUCUCAGCCGACGAUUUCCUUGGGACUCUCGAAUUGAAUUUGGCGAAUAUGCCAGCACCGGCUAAGUCCGCGAGGAAGUGUUCGUUGAACAUGCUUCAAACAGUCAACAGAGAUGUCAAGACAAUGAAUCUGUUCGAUUGUCGUAGAGCAAAAGGUUAUUGGCCGUUCAUGAACGACGAAUCUGGUGAACAGCAGAUAACCGGCAAAAUAGAGAUGGAAUUGGAAUUGUUGACCAAAGCUGAGGCGAUAGCAAGACCGGCUGGAAUUGCCAGAGACGAACCGAACGAAAAUCCUCAUCUUGAGCCCCCAAAACGACCUGAGACAUCGUUCUUUUGGUUGACUUCUCCGUGGAAGACAUUCAAGUAUAUUGUCUGGAAACGAUUCCGAUGGCUCAUCCUGGGUAUACUGAUAGCCAUUCUACUAGGCCUAUUGAUUGUCCUAUUUGUUUACGCUAUGCCGGGCCUGUUAGCACGAAAAAUUAUCAACGUCUAG